UAACUAGCGACACGUCUCUUCUAACCUUAGUUUAGACGCAUUCUACGGAGAUAUCGUGCUCUUCCGUACAUAUCGCGGAACAGAGAAAGAGAGGGAGUGAACGAGAGAGAGAGAGAGAGAGGGAGAGAUAGAUAGAUAGAGAUAGAGAAAGAUAGAGAAAGAUUAGAGAAAGAGAGAGAAGAGAGAGAGACCGAGAGAGAGACAGAGAGAGGCAGAGAGAAGAAGAGAAAGAGAGAGAGAGUUACUCACAAAUACACAAAUACGAAUUACAUUCGUUAUUAGUACGAGUCUCUGUUCACAAGAAGAAGAAACAAGAGGUAAACGAGAAUCAAAGGAGUACGAUAGAAACAUCGAACUUGUGGGGAAAAAAAUAGCAACAGUGUGACUUGUUCUUUUUUUUUUUUUUUUCCUUUUCCCCCUUUUUUAUUUUCCCUCUACCUCUUCCACGCCAUAUUUCACGAGAGGAUAUUACGCGUAGAAGCACCGAGGAAGAAGAGAAAAGCAGUGUGACUCCGUCGUUGAGAAUGAAUAGCUGAGAUAUAGAAUCGUAGAAGUCGGAGAAGGAGAGAAUAUCGCGUGCUUGUUUCUCUCGGUGGUGAAUUUUCAUUAACCAAUAUGCGAUGAGCGGUUCUCGGCUUGGAAGAGGCCGAGGUGGACGCCUGGCUGUGUACGGGGGUUGCGGGGUGGUGAUCAUAUUAUUGGUAUUUCUUUACCGCGCCGCCACCUCAGAGAUGGCCAGGCUACGUGAUCUUCAUAUCCAGUGCGUUCAUCAACACGAGUCACUUGCUGCACAACUUCAAGUGAUAUUCGAGUACAAGGUACGACUAGAAAAAUCUUUGGCCGAGGAGAAAAGUUCGAAUGCCGCUGUGAAACAGGAACUUCAGCAACGUGCCUCCCGAGAGAAAUCUUUGAGAGAUAAGGACAGUAUAGAGGCGAUGCAGAGAUUCAAUUCGCUUCAGCAGACCUAUAAGAUACUUCAGACCGAGCAUCAGGAUCUUCAGGAAGAGUAUAAGAAACGCGAGAAACAGGUAUUGGAGGAAACGAACAGGUUGGAAUCUACUCUUCAAGAUCUUCAUAGUCGUAUCAGACAGACGAACGAGGAUAAGGAGAAAAUUAUUGGGGAGAAGGAUAGGACAUUGGAAAAUUUUAAAAACAAAUAUUUGGAAUUGGAUACGGAGAAGACUAAGUUGGAGGAAAAGUACAAUGAUUUGAUGAAGAGUACUGGUAACACCGAUAGUACGAUCGAACAUUUGAGAAAGGAGGUCAUACAACUUAAACAAGAAUUGGACAAUGAAAAGAAACGAUGCAAAUCAACAUUAUCGGAGACAAGUCUGAUUAGUCCUAAACAGUCGCUGCCAGGUGAACAAAAUAUGCCGGAUAAUACGGCGAUAGAUCCAACACAGGAAGAACGUCAACAGGCACAACAACAGCAACAACAACAACAACAACAACAACAAAAUGUACAGAUCAUUGUCUCGUCGAGCUCGAUGAAAACUAUACCGGUAUUGAAAUUGGACACCAGCACGAAAUCUAACAGCAUAAUCGAUUCCGUGUCUUCUAACAAAGCAGUUAAAAUCGCUUCGAAGGUAAAAAUUCCACCUGGUGUGUUACCAAUUUUAAUGAUAAUGGAUCAAAAUGCCGAGAAGAUCGAGAAGGAGAAGAUCAAUGAAAAAUUAUUAAAGAACGACGAAUCCGUCGUUCAGAAUAUAGCUUUGAAGAAGAAGGAAGUUAUAUCGGAAGUAAAUAGUAAGGAAAAGGAGAAUGAAGUUAACGAUAACGAUAACGAUAACGAUAACGAUAACAUAGAUCCACCGUAUAAAAGUUUGUCCGGGAAUAAACAUGGCGUUGAUCAGAUUGUUGGUGGUAGACGACAAAAUGGCAAUUGGUUUAAGGUGAAACCGGGCGUACAGGAAUUUGGCGAGGAACUCAAUCCGAUCGAUCGAUUGCCUGGAUUGGAAAGCGUCGUUGAUAGACAAUUCGGUGCAGGUGAGGAACAAUACGUUGGUGCGGAAUACGAACCUCAAGCUCAAAAAAUAGAAGAUUUGCGUUUGGCUGAAGGCGAAGAGGAAGAAGACGAGGAUGAUCCCGAGGAUGCUAUUUGAACGAGGAGAUGUAAACGACGAACGAGGCUAAUUUUUUUACGAGACAAAUCGUUAUCUUAAUCGUCUUUGAUGAUAAAUCAUCCCUCGCGCUAUACACUGCGAGAUGAUAUUUUUCUAAUCUUUUUUUUUUUUUUUUUUUUUUUUUUUUUUUUUUUUUUUUUUUUUUUUUGAAAUGUUUUUUUCUUUCUUUCUUAUUAUCAACUUUACGAAGAUGACGAUGACGAAAGAAACAUACGAUGAGAUUGAAGGAUAACGCAACAAUAGUUCGUUAAUGAUUCUCGUUAAAAAAAAAAGAAAGUUGAGAUACUAAACUAUCUCGACUCUAUACGAAAAUCGUCAAGUAGCCUAACUUUCGAGUGUUCAGAUUUUUUCUCUUGUUCGCCUUUUUAAACAUUAUCCAUCUAUCUUCCCAAUUGUCUUCGUACUUCCUUUUUUUUUUUUUUUUUUUAAACAGCCGCGCUCUAUAAUUACGAAAAGAAAAAGGAAAAGAAAGAAAAAAAAAAAAAGAAAAGAAAAAGAAGUAUUGAAGCGAGCGAAUCGUUCUUUUUAAGAGAAAAUUUAUACGUCGUCUAUAUAUAUAUACAUAUAUAUAUAUAUAUAAUAUAUAUAUACAUAUAUAUAUAUAUAUAUAUAUAUGUACAACGAUUCGAUUGCGAAAUUUUUUUCAAAUGAGAUUAUCGAGAUUGAUAGAGGAAACAGACUGUAUUUUUUUAGGAUUAAUACAAAAGAAAUAAUUAACAAAAAAAAAAAAAGAAAACAAAAGAAAAGAAACAAGCAAACAAAUAUAUAUAUAUAUAUUUAUAUAUAUAUAUAAAAGUCACACAGACAUACAGAGAAAUGGCGACUCUUUGUGUCUCUGUAAAAGGUUCUAAUCUUGAACAAUAUGUAUAUUAAUGUUUGCGAACGAGAAACGUUCGUUUUCUCGCCUACGUAGAGAUCAUCUGUGACUUAAAUGCACUUAUUACUUAGGAUAAUCGAGAUUCGAUGCACACUUGUUGACAAACAAUACAUAUAUAUAUAUAUAUAUAUAUAUAUAUAUAUAUAUAUAUAUGCGUACAUAUAGUGUCUGUGUGUGUAUUGUUAUGUCAUAAAAGAAAAAUAAUAAAAGUAAAAUAGAAAAAAGAAAGUAAGGAGUCGUGCGAUCGUCGACUCGUAUUAUUCGUCGAUAUAUUAUAAUAAUAUCACAUUUAUAUUUUAUAUUUUUGAACGAUAACAAUUUUUACUUUUGAACGAUCGAAAGGACUUAACGCUAGAGUAAGAUAGAAGGAUGGAUCGAACGAAUGUUAAAUUAAUUAUUUUAAGGAAUUUAUUAUAAUGAAAGUGAAGUUUGUUGAUAUAAUCGUAGAAUCUAAUGCAAGAGAGACACUGUACGAAUGUAUAUAUAUACAUACAUACAUACAUACAUA